AUGGUCAAUCGUGCAGAUGGAGAAGAACAACCACAAACCAUCAUCGCCGUUCCACGAUCAAACCUAGUGGAUAGUGAAGCUCAGACAGAUUUGGACGACACUGCACCAAAGAAGCCCGAAAAGGUAUACUACACAAAAGAAACACAAACGACAAAUGUUGGAGAUUCUGACGAAGAGGGUAAUGAUGCCAAAGCGGCUUCGAUAUCUCUGGCAGCUGAACAAGCCAUACGUAACAAAGUCUUACAGGAACAAGAGCAAGAGAGGCUGAAGCGGGAAGAAGAGGCUCUCAAAUUGCAGGAAGAACAGCUAGAGCGAGAGAUAGAGCAAGGUUUGAGAGAAUUAUCAGCAGAAGAAUUGGAAGCCAUUUACGGGGCAACGGAAUUCGUCACUUUCGUUGAACAAAGCAGCAAAAUCGUCGAACGAGCUUUGACGGACAAUUAUGACUAUCUCAAGGAUUACACUCUAUUGGAAGACCCCUCUGCUGAAAAUCAAGAGGGAAGAUUGGUGAAGUGCAAUCGAAUCUUUUGGGAUGAGAACCUGUGUAAAGGCAGAAGUAUCACUGACUUGGACUGGUCUGUCAAGCAUCCCGAAUUGGUCGUAGCUAGCUAUAGUCGAAGCAAUAGCGUAAGCGAUGAUCAGCCGGAUGGGUUGGUGUUGGUUUGGAAUAUGCAUUUAGCAGAUCGACCAGAGUUCAUUUUCCAUGCCCAAAACGAUGUGUUGUCUGUAUGCUUUUCACCUUUUCAACCUAACUUGGUCAUCGGUGGUACAUAUAGCGGACAAAUCCUCGUUUGGGACACCCGUUCUCGCAACGCACCUAUUCUCAAAACACCACUAUCCGCUGCAGGUCACACUCAUCCGGUAUACAGCAUGCGAAUCGUUGGGUCACAAAAUGCACACAAUCUCAUCACUGCAUCUACUGAUGGCACUGUUUGCAGUUGGGUGUUGGAUAUGCUGGCAAGACCGCAAGAGACCGUCGAGCUACUCAACCCUACUCAUGCAAAGACGGAUGAAGUGAGCGUGAGUGUGAUUGGAUUCCCAGAUCAAGAAACAACAAGCUUUUGGGUUGGAACAGAAGAGGGAAAUGUGUAUUGCGGUACCCGAUAUGAUCGAGCUGGAUGGAAAGCUGGUUUGAAUUUGGCGGAAGUGUACAAAGCACAUGCAGCACCGGUAACCGGAUUGCAUUUCCAUCCUUUACAUGGACCGAUCGAUUUCUCGGAUUUGUUCUUAUCGAGUAGUAUGGAUUGGUCAUCUCGUCUUUGGCGAAUCAAGAACAAUCCAUCUUCGUCCAAUGCAGUCUCGCGUAAUGUCAAUACUGUUUCGACAAUCGUUUCACCAUUGGCAUCAUUUGAAGAGGCAAAUGAUUAUGUCUAUGAUGUCGCUUGGCACACCGCCCAUCCUUCUAUGUUUGGACAAGUUGAUGGGACGGGUUCAUUGGAUAUUUAUGAUUUGAAUGUGGACCUGGAGAGACCGGUUGUGACAACUAUUGUGGGGACUGGUCGAGCUUUGAAUAAAGUUAGAUGGGAUCGCAAAGACGGUAGGCGAUUAGCAACAGGAGGUGCGGACGGAAAGUUGUACGUGUAUGACAUUGGUACGAUGGCCGUUCCACGCGAAGAAGAGUGGCUAGAGUUCCAAAAGACACUAUCAAGAUUAUCGAAUGCAAACUCUAUUGGAUUAUCUUCCGAUAAGACUACUUCGGCAUCAGUCUCUCAACCUGGUAUCAAUGCGGUCAUCCCUAAUGCUGCUCAAGCUAAUGUGUCCACUCCUACCAGAUCUGCAGUUGAUUUCGAAAGAUUCAAUCAACGUUUAUCUGUAAGGUGA